AAUACUGUCAUCAUGAAUCAAAAUCAUACAUCCAUAUAUCAACAAGUUAUUGAACGUACAAAAGGCUUAUCAUUUCGAUCUCAAGUUUUGGCUUCUGCUAUAGAAAAAUGUGAAGCUCAUCAAUCGUCUAAUGCUAUAGAUAGUAUUGUAGAAUAA